AUGGCUCAAAUGUUGAGUUUCAUGAAGGACAUUAAGGAUGAGCAGGAAAGGGCUAGGGAAGCUCGAAAUCGGUAUGAGGAAAUGCCAAACGAUGGCAAUCCACUGUUAGGAUAUAUUCGAGGCUUUGACCCUCAUAAGUCAAAUGCUCACUCAUCAAAGAGGGUUACCAAAACCCAUGAAGAGGGAGAAGCCUCCCAUGAAGGAUUUAUUCCCGCCAUUCAGAAAGAGGGGGCGCCUCGCACUGUUCGCAUCCCUGCUAACAAUCCACCUAAGGAUGAGGAUUAUGUGGAUUUACAAUAUGGGGAAGUGGACGAACCAAAUCAGGAGUCCCAACAUAACCAAACCCAAGCUGAUUAUGAGGAAAGUGCUAGAAAUAGUGGACAAAUUAAGGCGUUGGAAGAAAGGAAGAUGGCUGCUUACGCCAAUGAUCAAAAGCUAAUGAUGCAUUUCUUCCAAGACAGCCUGAGUGGGGCAUCUGUUGAAUGGCCUAUGCCACCUCCGAUUCCCGGAAAAGCUACACCCAAUUUCAAAGCUAAUGAAAGGUGUGAAUUUCACGCCAAUUCUCCUGGACAUACAUUGGAAAAGUGUUGGGCUUUUAGGCACAAGGUUCAGGACUUAAUAGAGUCAGGGGCAAUCGCUUUUGACAAACCUAACGUAAAGACAAACCCUAUGCCUCGCCAUGAUGGCACAGUCAAUGCAAUAGAGGUAGUCACCGAGCAAGAGUUUGUUCAACAACGGGGCUCCCCCAUAGAUGCCUUUAAGAGGUAUCUACUUGCAAAGGGGUUCAUCCUCGAACAUAACGAAGCCUUUAAGACAACCCUGCAAAGACUUGUGAAUCAAGGGGUAGUUCAAUUUAAGGAAUAUCCUGAGGAAGAAUAUGUGGCCAUGCUGGACAGGAAUGAACCAUUGAUGAUACCUAGGCAAGGGGCAAGGAAGACAUUGAUCAUCCCUUGCGCCAAAGCGCCAGUGUUGAUACCCACACAAGUGCACACUAGGAUCAUCCCAGUCAGAGAUCCGUACCCUAUGGACAAAAUGAAAGCAGUCCCUUGGGAAUAUGAGUCUAAUACUAGUACCGAUGUGACAAACAUCGUUGGGCCUGGGGGCAUGACUCGUAGUGGUCGCAUAUUCAGUAUUGCAAAACCAAGUGAGAACCUAGCACAAGCAAGUGAUCAAGCUACUGUGGUCCCGACUGAAAAAGGCGCACCCAAAGACAAAGAAACCACUAACAAAGAUGCUGAAGAGUUCUUGGCGUUGAUUAAGAAAAGUGAUUAUAAGGUGGUGGACCAGUUGCACCAAACUCCAUCCAGGAUAUCACUCCUCUCGCUCUUUAGUGAUCAUGAGCUACCCCCACAAGGGAAAGAGCAUAACAAAGCCUUGCAUAUCUCCAUACAAUGCGGGAAAGCCCAUCUAUCUAGGGUUCUGAUCGACACAGGUUCGUCAUUAAAUGUGAUGCCAAAGGCCACCUUGGACAAGAUAGACUUGGAAGGACUGGUAAUAAGACCAAGCCGUCUGGUGGUCAAAGCCUUCGAUGGGUCGCAAAGCCUGGUGUUUGGAGAGGUGGACCUCCCUGUGGUAAUAGGCCCCCACACGUUCUGCAUCAAUUUCCAAGUGAUAGAGAUUGAACCUGCCUAUACAUGUUUAUUGGGACGUCCUUGGAUCCAUGCCGCUGGGGUAGUUACCUCUACUCUGCAUCAAAAGGUAAAAUUUGUGGAUGGAAACUCUAUAGUAACCGUCAAUGGGGAGGAGGACAUAUUUGUCAACAAUCUGGACUCAUACCGAUACAUUGAGGCUGGAGAAAAAGCAUUAGAGACUUCAUUCCAAGCGCUAGAGAUUGCCACUGCUGUCACGCUACCAAUUGAGAAAAUGCGAAGGGCGGUGACAUCCUGGAGAGACCUGCAAGACACAAAGAUGGAAGGCUGGGGCAAAGUUCCAGAAGUGCAAGAGAAAAGAGAUCGUCUGGGGUUAGGAUACCAACCAACAAAGAAGGCUGCACAGGAAGAGCAACGUUUCCCUCCGAUCGCACAAACUUUUGUCACAGGUGGAUAUGAACAUGCUCUCACAGGAAGAAUCGCUAGAUGUCAAAUGCUACUGUCAGAAUAUGAUAUUCAAUACGUCACUCAAAAAGCAAUAAAAGGGAGUGUACUGGCAGAACAUCUAGCUCAUCAGCCCAUUGAAGAGAAUCAGUCUAUGAAAUUUGACUUCCCUGAUGAGGACAUUAUGCUGCUCUAUCAGAGGAGAAUGAAAAAGGCAUUCGACAAAAAGGUCCGCCCUCGAACUUAUAAAGAAGGAGACCUCGUUCUCAAGAAAAUCUUACUGCCCCGACUGGAUGCCCGAGGAAAAUGGACACCCAACUACGAAGGUCCAUAUGUCAUAAAAACGGUGUUCUUAGGAGGAGCACUCGUCCUCACUACCAUGGAUGGGGACGAGCUACCACAUCCAAUCAAUUCAGACGCAGUCAAGAAAUACUACGCCUAG